GUCCCAGUGCGCCUGCCUUACGUGUCAAUGUGGCUGUGGCGUUCUCAUGAUGUGUGUUGUCCACAUCAAAAUAUUAGUUGGUAAAAAGAAACAAUAAAAAUGGGAGAUGACCAUCCAUUCCAGGUUAACAACGCUAGCAGCAGCUCCCGCUGUACUUUCUUCAAAGCAGCGCCUGACGACUAUCGAUGUGAUGUGAUUCUUAAAGUGAAAAGAGCUACAGGGACAUUUUCAUUAGUGGCAUGCUUUUUCAUGCUCUUUGUAAUAUGGCUGCUGCGCAGAUAUAACUCUUUGGCUCAGAAAAUGGUAGUCAGUUUGACAGUAGCUGCUUUUUUUGACAGUGUUGCAUAUGUUAUGGGAGAGUCUCAUCCAGUGGGCUCUCUGUGUAAUUUUCAAGCCUGGUGGCUCACAUAUUUUGACUGGACUGCACUGGUGUGGGUGUGUCUUAUUACUUUCAAUCUCUACCUGAACCUGGUGAAAGAAAUCAGAACUGAACAUUAUGAGAUACCGUACCAUGUGGUGGCAUGGGGGGUUCCUCUGUUCAUGUCCACCCUCCCCCUGAUGGCUGGAUACUACGGUCCUGCUGGAGCCUGGUGUUGGAUCACAGAUAAUCAUGUUGGGUGGAGGUUUGGCAUAUGGUACAUCCCACUGUUUAGCCUUAUUAUCCUCAUGAUCUGCUGUUAUGCUCGAAUCAUCUGUGUGGCCAACGAGAGGAUGCGUUCCUGGUUAGGCACCUUUAAUCCUGAAAGAGAGCGGAGGAAGAUCUCUCUAGCUGAAGAGAUCAGACCGUUGAAGUGGUAUCCCUCUGUCUAUCUGCUCGUCUCCAUCUUCCCCCUCAUUAAUCGACUGCAUAAUGCUGCUUACCCAGAGGACCCUGUGUUUUCUCUGACAUUACUGCACGUGCUCAGUGCACCAUUGCAUGGACUUGCAAAUGCUCUCGUCUUCGGUAAGGACACCUGGAGUCAACUGAGUUCAACAGGAAUAAAGAUGGCGGUCCAGUCUCGACUGUGUGACAGCACAAGGAUUGGAGAGUACCAUGCCACGAAUGUAAGAUACACACAUGACCUUGAUACACACUCCGAUUCUGAUGAUGAGGACAACAACGUCAUCUUUUACAGUCCGAACAUGAUCUUAAAAGACAGGGGACCCUUGGAAAAUGUUUAGAAAAGAAGUGUGUCUGUGUGUGCCUUUAAAGAAUUUCAUUCAGUGUUUCUGUGUUGCAGCUUUUAUGUUCAAUUAAAAUAUGUAUUAUUAUAGUUGGAAAACAGAAAAGAAAAUGGUUGAUAGAACGUCUUCCUUUGCCUUUAAUGACGGGUAGUAUCAUAACGUUUGUUUGUACUGUAUUAAUGUGGGAAAGCUUUCAUUCAAGCUAUUUACCACCUCUAAUAGAUUUUGUUGCAUAUAAUGGAAUUAAAGACUGCCUUUUGUAUUUCAUUCAGCUGAAUAUUUCAGACAUAUGAUAUACUUUGAGAAAAUUUGAGCAUGUUUUACUAUUAUAUUUAUGAAAAUGUAUGCUAUAUUUUUGUAUUGUUUACGGAUUCAACAAUUUUUAAAUACAAAUAUAUUUCUCUCGUGUUUGUGUCUUGUCUUGUAGAAUGAGGUAGCACUCUAACUUUAGAAUUAACUUUAAGUUCUAGAUAUUGAGUCUCAGCACUUAAAUCAGGAUGUUUUAAUGAGAAAGUCCUGUGGAGUAAGACAUGAUUCCCAUGAACUGCCUAAUAAGAGGGUUAUAAAAGCUUCUCGGAAUAAGCCAGUGAUAUGAACUGGUGUCUGUUUGUGUAACUUUGUCUUACGAAAGCUAAUUUAAACAAUACUGACACCGAGUGGACAGAAGUGUGAACACUGCUUAUUCUCGUCAGAAAUAGACCAUAUUUAUCGCUCUGUAUAUAGCUUUAUGGAAUAAAAAUCCAAAAAAGUUGAUUCUAAAAGUAUUUAAACAUAAUUUAAAGUGUUUAAAAAAAAAAAAAAAUGAGCAAAAGAAGACCUGUUAUUUCGCUGUUUCUGUUUUUCUGAUUGGCUGUGGUUUGUUAUAUCAUCUAAGCGCGUUUAAUAGCGAUUGGUGAACAACUCAUCAUAAGUGACGAAGGAGCCAAUCAGUAAAGAGUGCGUUGUUAAAUUGAUGAUAAAUGCAACAGUAACCAUACGUAACAUAUUUUCAUAACAGCAGCUGGCGAACUGGACAGUCAGGGCGCAUCCGUAAAGACAACGGUAACAUUCAUAACCUGUAAACGCUUGUGUUUCAAGUCAAAUUGUUAGUUAGGAAACGGAAUACAGUAGAAACUGUACAUUCUGUAGCCUACAUCAUGGUAUGACUUCUAAUAAAAGCCAGCGUCUAUGUGGUGCGCAAGAUCAGAGCUGCUCUUAAAGAGGGAGAGCAAACAGAACAACCUGUUCUCACACCAUGUAGCCUGGCUAAAGGUAAAAAGAAGAGAAAUGCAUCAGACAGUGCAUUAAUGGCAGCUCCAGAGCCAGAGGGUGCUGCUGGGUCAUCUGCACCUACAGAGACAGCUAUACAGAAAUGUGGUUCCUGAGGUUAAAGGUCACGCAGAAGCAAAUCUGGACACAAUGGAGGCCAUCCCUGCUAAAAAAAAAAAAAAAAAAAAAAAACUGUCUUGUGUAUAUGUUGUGUUUUGCAUGCUGGAGUUCCAACAAGGCCAUCUAAGCUGGUCUUUUCAGCAGAGACUUGACAGUAGCAGAAGUUAGAUUGUAUCACAAAGACCUGAUAUCAGACCAGUUUUGCUCUGCGUGACCUUUAUUCUCACGUGCCGACACUAACUUGCUCUCUUUCUCCUAGCUCUUUCUCUUUUUCUUUUUCCCAUCAGCUGUAGUAUGUGAAGGUCUGUUCAUCAACCUCUGCUUCAGGGACAGUUCAGAUCUGAUGUUUACCUGCAGCUUUUACAUUUAUACUCACCAACAAACAGACUAAACACAUAUCACUGUCACUAAAAAUAACUGAUGAUAUUUAUAACAUCAUGUCAUGUUUGUUAUGACAAAAACAACUAAUAAAAUUGUGAAACUCCAA